AUGGUUGUUCAACAAAAAGUUGAAGAAAUUAUCAUGUUGUGCAAGACAAUUGAGACUGGAAAGUACAAGUGUGCUCAGUAUUGGCCAUUGAAUCCGAAAGAAAAAAGAGAGUUCAAAAACGGAAUUACCGUUGAAAACAUGAACGGAACAGUCCCUUUAGCAAGAGAUCCUGAUAUUCAUUGCACAGACCUUCUCGUGACAAACUGUGGUCAAUCAAUGAAAGUGAGACAUCUUCAUUGGAGUGAAUGGCCAGACCGUGGAGUUCCGCCGUGUAAAUUGACAAGUAUGGAGUUGUUGUCCACAGUUCGUGGUUCAAAACUUCCGGUUAUUGUCCAUUGUUCUGCUGGAAUCGGACGUACUGGAACAAUUGUUGCGAUUGAGUACAUUUUGGAAAAGAUAUUGGAAAACAAGUCAGUUCCUCCAAUGCCAGAACUUUUCAAAGGUCUUCGUGAUCAACGUGCAUAUUCCAUUCAAACUGAUCUCCAAUAUCUCUACAUCCAUCGUGUAAUGCUCAGUUAUUUCCUCGAUAAGUACAGGGACCGGUAUUCCGCAUUGCUCCACCCUGAAAAUGCUCAGAAAUACGAGAAAUUUAUCAAGGACUACAAUUUGGCUACGGGGCAGUGA